AGAUUAGGGUUUUGGUUCUAAACUUCGCCAAGCCAUCGGUUCCGGCGCCGCCAUAAUGCCUCUGCCGGAGGUUGUGGCUGUUACAGAUUCUCGGCAAGAUGGUCUCACACAGAAUUCACAAAAACCAGCUCCGUUAACUCGCUCGUGGGUGAAGGUCGCCCAACAAAAUCAAAAAGAAUUAACAAAAUACGAUGUUCAAAUCAAGAUGGAGGAUGGUAUCGGAUCUGUAGAGAUUCCAGAUGAAGUCUUCAAGGACCCUCAACCCCUUUGGGAGGACUUUCUGAUCGGAAAGUUUUUGGACAAAGCCCCACAUAUUGGGAAAGUUCACGCAAUCGUUAAUAAGAUUUGGGCUUCCGACAAGUCACAAAUGGUAGAGGUUUAUGAGAUAAACCCUACAACUAUGAAGUUCAGAAUCCUCGACUCAGCAAUGAGAGGAAGGGUUUUGCGCAGAGGUAUGUGGAAUUUAGCAGAGGUACCAGUUGUGAUGACUGAAUGGAAACCCUUUGUCGAAGAGGAAGAACUCCAUAACUCUGUUCCUUUGUGGGUUCAUCUUAAAAAUGUUCCCAUGAACAUGUUCUCGUGGAAAGGACUCAGUUUCGCCACAAGCCCGAUAGGUGUUCCAGUUAAACUUCACCCUGAUACUGCUCUAUGCAAAGAUCUCAAGGUGGCUAAAGUUUUUGUCAAAGCAGACCUUACAAAAGCUCUCCCGCGGUCUAUGAAUUUCAAAUAUCAGGGAAAGGAUACACUCAUUGAUUUCACCUUUCCAUGGUUGCCAACUAAAUGUACAACGUGUGGGAAAUGGGGCCACUCAGAAAAGGAUUGUUUAAGACCGAAGGAGAUAGAGGUAACAAAAUUAGAUGAUGAAGUGGUGGUUUCACCUAUAACAGUGGAGGAGGGUAGUGCCAAGGAUUUGGAUAGUGGAAACAAUGAGGAAAUUCAACCAGUGCAGUCUCAUACCGAGAAUGAAAACCCGGAGGAGGCAGAGCAAGUAGUGGAUGUGAGUACCUCUGCUGGAAAAGAAAAUGAAGAUAAUCAGGAGGAAAGCUGGUUAACACCAGUUAAAGUGAGCAGAACACCGGAAAAAUUAAAGGACCUUGAAUCUGGUCAGGGUUCGAUUAUCUCAAAUUCUCGAUUCGCAGUACUGAGUUCAGAUGAGGAAGAGGAAGAGGGUGAGAUACUGCAACAGGAAGCAGUUUUAGAAAAAGACAAUACUCCACCUCAGGAACCAAUUCAAAAGAAGCAGGAAGUACAAAACAAAGCUAUGUCUACCAGACCAUCUUUGCCGCGUGUUUCAAAAGACAACCAUAAGCUUGUCUCCAACUCAAAUGUCCCAAAGACUACUGACUGCGGUCAAAAUCUUUUGGGGAAAAAGUUGACCAUGAAAUAACUGAUGUCGGGUUUCUAUUGGAACAUCCGGGGUUUUAACAAAAAUA